AUGAUCUUACCAUUAUGUGAAAAAUGUCUAAUCAGGUUCUGCAACGUUCUUCAAACAGUAGGAACUGAAGAUAUAUCUCACACACAUACAUUUUCUUCUUCUUCUUCUUCUUCUUCUUCUUCUUCUUCUUCUUCGCCUCCUCCUCCUCCUUAUUCUUCUUCUUCUCCUCCUCCUGCUCCUUCUUCUUCUUCUUCUUCUUCUCUGUCUCUCUCCUCAUUCUUCUUCUUCUUCUUCUUCUUCUUCUUCUUCUUCUUCUUCUUCUUCUUCUUCUUUCUGUCUACCUCUCUUUCUUUUUAUAUUGGAUUUCUUCUUCUUCUUCUUCUUCUCAAAUCCUCCCCUCCCCCUCUUCCCUCUCCUUCUCCUCCUUCUUCUUCUUCUUCCACCUCCUCCUUCUCAUUCUUCUUCCUCUUCUUCCUCCUUUUUCUUCUUCUUCAAACUACUACUCUUUCUCCUUCUCCUCAUACUCUCCUCCUCCGCCUCCUCGUUCUUCUUCUUCCUUUUUCUUUUACUUCUUCCUCAAACUACUACUCCUUCUUCUUCUUCUCGUCCUCCUCCUACUCCCGUCCACCUCCUCCUCAUUCUUCUUCUUCUUUUUCUUACCUUUUGUAA